CAUGGGCUUUGAAUAUCAGGUCAGAUCCAUCGCUAGUCACGUUCGUCCCGACAGGCAGACUCUUCUGUUCAGCGCUACAUUUCGAAAGAAGAUUGAGAGAUUGGCGAGAGACAUUUUAGUGGAUCCUAUUCGUGUGGUACAGGGAGACAUCGGAGAGGCCAAUGAAGACGUGACUCAGGUUGUGGAGAUGCUCCCCAGCGGUUCAGACAAAUGGGGUUGGCUGACUCGGCGCUUGGUGGAGUUCACCUCGACCGGCUCUGUCCUCAUUUUUGUCACCAAGAAGGCGAACAGCGAGGAGCUAGCCACAAACUUGACGCAGGAGGGCUACAGCCUUGGCCUCCUGCACGGAGACAUGGACCAGAGCGAGAGGAACAAAGUCAUCAGCGACUUCAAAAAGAAGAACUUGCCCAUCUUGGUGGCCACCGAUGUUGCUGCUCGUGGUCUGGACAUCCCUUCCAUUCGGACAGUGGUGAACUACGACGUGGCGCGAGACAUCGACACUCACACACACAGGAUCGGCCGAACUGGUCGCGCUGGAGAGAAAGGCGUGGCCUAUACGCUGCUAACCAACAAAGACACAACGUUUGCUGGAGAUCUCGUGCGGAAUUUGGAGGGAGCGAAUCAAGCCGUUUCCAAAGAGCUGAUGGAUUUAGCCAUGCAGAAUCCCUGGUUCAGGAAGUCCCGGUUUAAGGGAGGUAAAGGGAAAAGGCUGAACAUCGGUGGUGGGGGCCUCGGCUACAAAGAGAGACCAGGACUGGGAGCUGAAAGCUCUGAUCGUGGCGUCAGCAGCAGUUUGCCAUCAGCCAGUAGCUUUGAAGGUUAUAGCAAGCCGACCUCUGGAGCGAUGGGGGAUCGCAUGUCUGCACUGAAACAAGCCUUCCAGGCUCAGUAUAAAAGCCACUUUGUUGCUGCAUCCAGCGGUCCUCCGAAGCUCAGCGCCAAAUCCAGCAGCACCUCCGGCUGGACCAGCGCUGGCAGCCUGAGCUCUGUCCCAACAGAAUCCGCCAACGGCUCAGAACGCUCUCACAUGGCCAACUUCGCCAUGGCUGGUUUCACCAGCGCCGGCUCCCUGAGCUCGGUGCCCCCCGUCCCCAGCAGCCCACAGCACAGCGUCGCCACCCCCCCACCCCCCUCCCCAAAAGAGAGCUCACGAGACAGACAUGGGGAGGAGCGGGGCCGCCACGACGACAGUCACCGCCACAGCGACAGAAGCGAUAGGCACAGCGGAGACGAUCGCCACGGAGACCGAGAUCGGGAUCGCCGCGGAGACCGGGAUCGGGACCGGCAUGGGGAUCGGGAUCGCCACAGCAGCAGCAGCCGCCACAGCGACAGCCGCAAUGGCGACGGAAGCAAGAGAGAUCGAGACGACAGCAGGGGCGAUAGAGAUGGAGGAGACAGGAGGAGCGGAGAAGGGCGGGACAGAGAUGACAGCUUUGCCGUCCCUGACCCACCAAAACGAAGAAAAAGCCGAUGGGACAGCUAAGGGAAGAUUAGCAAACGCGAUAAUAUCAUUUUGUGCUACCAACUUUUUGCUCCAUAACAGAAUCUGUAGCUGUAGCAGGACAGACGCUGGCACAAGCACAAAUCUAAGAGGGUUUACUUUAAAUCUAGUGAACGCGUCCUAAAAACCCCGUCAGGUUGAUUAAGACCUCAGUGAAACCCAGUUUGCUCUGAUGACGGCUUAAAGACGGCCAUUGUACAUACGCCAUCCAGGCUGCUAUCACUGUAAGCAAUAGAGUUGUAAUGAAAACUUGUCUGUGAAUUAAAAAAAGUGUUAUUGUUCAUGA